AUGGGUACAAAACGCUCCUGGGAAGGACAAGCUGUUGUCAAAAUGGACUCGACAGAGUCAACGAGUCCGACGAUCACAAUCUUCGAGAACUUCCGUGACGAGCUCGAUGAGCACCAUGACCGUCGUGAGCGCAUCAUCAAAGCUAGUCGCGACAUCACCGCGCUCAGCAAGAAAAUAAUCUUCGCCCUGCAGCGCGUACGCACCACAAACCAACCCAUCCCACCGAAUAUCACAAAAGAGAACGACACUCGCCUCGAACAGAUCCACAAGCACUUUGCCUCAAUCGUCUCCGAUCUCGUCGGCAUCAAAUCCUGGCGCUACCAGCGCCAAGUCAGCGGCGGCGUCCAAGAGUUUAUCGAGGCGAUCUCAUUUGACCACUACCUCCGCACGGAGACAUUGAUCACCCACGCAGAAGUCGCAGCCCGGUUACCCGGGAUCCUGGUAACAGAAGAAGACUACUUGAUGGGCAUUUUCGAUCUUACGGGUGAAAUGAUGCGAUUUGCCGUGACAGCCUUGAGCUCAGGGAAGGUGACACCUACGGACGCAGCUAAAGCUGGUGUCCUCGUUGAUCUUCGCGCUAUUCGAGCUCGAUGCGAGGCGCUGAGUGUUUCGGGACGACACCGGGCAUCCAUGUAUAAAGAUCUUUCAAAGAAGAAGGAGGUUAUGCAGAACAGUGUCGAGAAGGUGGAGCGCGCGGCGUACGGCAUUCUGGUGCGAGGGAGUGAGCGGCCGAGUGGAUGGACCCCGGAUUUGUCGGUGCCGGUGGAAGUUGACACCCAUUGA